AUGUGCUGGCAGUCCUUCUCGGUAGAUGUCCCUCUACUGUCGGUGGGCAUCAUCGGACCGAACAUCGUCAUGGCCUCGGCCAAGGACAUCCACUUGCACCGGCUGGAUCAGACCUUGACCGCGGACAAGAACGUUGCGUCUGCCAGCGACAAGCUGAAGCUCACGUCGCUGACGUCACACAACACCCCGCGGCCGCUCUUCAUCCGGACGCACAACCGCCUUUGCGUGUACAUCGACAACACUCUGACACCGGUGUCUCGCGCAGACUUCCACCUUUUCUCCGCCGACAACAACCGCGAGUAUUUCUCCGUCAACACAGCCGCCCGCGUUGAAGCCCUCGGGUUCUCCUACCCGUACAUCUUUGCCAUCACAUCCUCGACCAUUGAGGUGUUCUCGUCGCUGCUGCAGCAACAAAUCACCACGGUUCCCUUCCCGGCGGCGGUGCUGAACUCCAUCCCCGGGCGCUUCCUGGCCGGCGAUCAGAACAUCCUCCUCACCACGGAGACCCGCAGCGGCCCGCUCUUUGUCACGGUGAACGACGCCUUCCGCAUCCACUGCGCCGACCUCCAGUCGCAGGUUCUCCGGUCGCUGAAGAUGGACCACAUCCCCCAUGCGAUCUCCCUGCUGAACAGCGUCGAGUGGGAUGACAAGAGCAAGCAAAUCGCGCUGCUCCAGCGCGCCGAACUCGUCGGGGCCGCGUCCCACAUGAGCGCCGGCAAGUAUCAGGACGGCUUGAACAUCUACUUCCGCCUGGGAUCCAACCCGAAGGACGUCCUGUUCGCCUAUGCCGGAGACUGCCUGCCGAAGGACAUCUCGGCCCUUGGUGGGGAUCUUGUCUCGAUCGGCCUUUCCCAGCAGACCUUCAUCCGGCAGUCGAGCCAGGCCGGCCACCCGGCCAGCAUGCAUUCCGGUGGUGGCCUCGGUCUUGGGGCACAUGAGACCCUGCGCUAA